AUGAGGCUGCAGCAGCACGAGGAGCUGCAGCAGCACGAGGAGCUGCAGCAGCUGCAGCAGCACGAGGAGCUGCAGCAGCACGAGGAGCUGCAGCAGCACGAGGAGCUGCAGCAGCACGAGGAGCUGCAGCAGCUGCAGCAGCACGAGGAGCUGCAGCAGCACGAGGAGCUGCAGCAGCUGCAGCAGCACGAGGAGCUGCAGCAGAACGAGGAGCUGCAGCAGCAAACGCCUACGCCGAAUGUCGUGGUGUCUGUACACCACAGAAUUUAG